AUGGCUCCAACGUUGUCCACAAGGUCGACGGCCGCAUCGGUCUCUGGUGAUCCUCUCGACCUGGAUUACUCUGGUGUUUUUGACAAGCUGACGGCCGUGCUGAAAUGUGUACCGGUGUACGACCAUAUUCCUAAGCCAUGCAGGGAGAAGUUCGCACAUGAUCUGAACGCCUUGCUGACGGCUGUUUGUAAUGACCCUGGUGACCCGGCUCACUGGGGCAAUCUGGUCAACAAGCGUCUAAGCGAAUAUUCAACUAUUGGUCUUGAAACCCUGGUACUGUGCUUUGAUGGGUUCAAUAAUGCCAAAUCACAAAAGCACAACCCCGAUCGGUGGAUCAACGCUGUGUCAUCUUGUAUUGAACAGGGAAACCUGUCCUCGGCUGUCAGACUUGUCUGUUCGCCGGAGGGCCUGGCGGAGAGCUUGCCAGCCACUUUUGAUAAAUUAUGUUCCAUCCACCCAAAAAUUCCGGUGGACAGGCGGGUCUUCCCCGCAUUGACACCAACGGCUGGUUGCGUUUCUCCCGCCGAGGUGGUUCUUCUGGAGGCCUGGAUGGCCUACGACCUCAGCACCUUAAAGAUGUUUUUUCAGGCCCCUUGCCAAUUGAUGACACACUAA